AUGGCAGGACUAGAUUACCUUCUUUUUGAGGAGGCCACUGGAUAUGCCAUUUUCAAGGUGAAACUUCAACAGGACGAGAUCGGCUCGCGACUCAAGGAGGUCCAAGCCGCAUGUAACGAUUUGGCGGCCUUUUCGAAGCUGGUGGAGCUGGUGUCGUUUGCUCCAUUCCAGGGCGCUGCGCAAGCUCUGGAGAAUGCCAACGAAAUCAGUGAAGGUCUUGUCUCCGACUAUCUGAAGUCUGUGCUCGAGCUAAACAUCCCUAAGGGCUCCAAGAAGAACAAGGUCGCUCUUGGUAUUUCCGACAAGGCUCUGGGUCCUUCCAUCAAGGAGGUGUUCCCAUACAUUGAAUGCUACUCCAACGAGGUUGUGCAGGACCUUUUGAGAGGAAUCCGUGUUUUUGGAGCCAAAUUGCUCAAGGGACUGCAAGAAGGCGAUCUUGAGAGAGCACAGCUUGGUCUGGGCCACGCUUAUUCCAGAGCCAAGGUCAAGUUCUCUGUCCAGAAGAACGACAACCACAUUAUCCAGGCAAUUGCUCUGCUCGACCAGCUGGACAAGGACAUCAACACCUAUUCGAUGAGAGUCAAGGAGUGGUACGGCUGGCACUUCCCAGAGCUUGCCAAGAUCUGUAACGACAACCACCAAUAUGCUCAGCUCGUUUUGUACAUCAAGGACAAGACAUCGCUGACUGAAGACAGUCUGCAUGACCUGGCAGCCAUUGUGAACGAGGACGCUGGUGUUGCGCAGCAGAUCAUCGACGCUGCGCGGAUUUCGAUGGGUCAGGACAUCUCUGAGCAGGAUAUGGCCAACGUGCUCACUUUUGCAGAAAGAACGGUCUCCAUUUCCGAAUAUCGCAAGAAUCUGUACAGAUACCUGACCGAUAAGAUGCACACUGUUGCGCCAAACCUGUCCGAGCUGAUUGGAGAGGUUGUUGGAGCCAGACUCAUUUCGCACGCCGGUUCGCUUACUAACUUGUCCAAACAGGCCGCUUCCACGGUGCAAAUUCUGGGAGCAGAGAAGGCGUUGUUCAGAGCUCUGAAGACGAAGGGAAACACGCCUAAGUACGGUUUGAUCUACCAUUCUUCGUUUAUCGGCAAGGCUUCUGCCAAGAACAAGGGAAGAAUCUCCAGAUACCUGGCCAACAAGUGCUCGAUUGCUUCUCGAAUAGAUAAUUAUUCUGACGAGCCAAAUAACGUUUUUGGCCAAAUUCUGAAGAAGCAGGUUGAGCAGAGACUUGAGUUCUAUGACACGGGGAAGUCGCCAAUGAAGAACUCGGAGGCCAUCCAGGAGGCUCUUGAGCUUUCAGGCAAGACUGUUGGUGUGGCUGAUCUGAUUGAGGAGCCAAAGAAGGAGAAGAAGGAGAAAAAGGAAAAGAAGGAAAAGAAAGACAAGAAGGAGAAGAAGGAGAAGAAAGACAAGAAGAGACACGCUGAGGACGGUGACGAGGACGAGAAGAAGAAAAAGAAGAAGAAGAAGUCCAAAGACUGA